AUGCAUGCGCGCGCACCUCGCUUGCUGGCCCGCGCGGCACCAGCUGCGGUUACCCUGUUCCAGUCCACUGCCGCCGGUGUGCCGUUUGUGGAGGUCCUGAAGAGCCAGGGCAUCUUCCCCGGCAUCAAGGUGGACACUGGCCUGGAGAUCAUCCCCGGGACAGACGGCGAGACCUCCACCCAGGGCCUCGACGGCCUGGGUGAGCGCUGCAAGCGCUACUACCAGCAGGGGGCGCGCUUCGCCAAGUGGCGCGCGGUCCUCAAGGUCGGCUCCAGCUCCACCGCUAUCCUGGAGAACGCCCACGCCCUGGCCCGCUACGCCCAGAUCGCCCAGGCCAACGGGCUGGUGCCGAUCGUGGAGCCCGAGGUGACCCUGGGUGAGGGCGACUACACUAUUGAGGAGAACGCCUACUGGAGCGAGAAGAUCUACAGCCACGUCUUCAGGCUGCUCAACGAGUACAACGUUGUGCUGGAUGCCAUCCUGCUCAAGCCCAACAUGUGCCUGCCCGGCCUGGAUGCUCCGACCGCGUCCCCCGCUGAGGUGGCCAAGUACACCGUCCGCACCAUGGCGCGCUCCAUCCCCCCGGCCGUCCCCGGGAUCCACUUCCUGUCUGGCGGCAUGAGCGAGGAGGAGUCCACCCUCAACCUCCAGGCGCUGCAGGAGGCGUACCCCAACGCCCCCUGGAGCCUGACCUUCUCUUACGGCCGGGCCCUGCAGUCCACCACCCUCAAGACCUGGGCUGGCAACAAGGACAACGUAGCCAAGCUUUGA